UUUAGCCAUCGGUACUUAGAGCAAUUAUCGGUGAAAUUAGAGUUUCUAAACGUGUGUUGUAUGAAAUCAACCAGCCCUAGGUUCUCUUUGGACCAUAUCAAAUUCUAUGAUCAGCAAGACGGCUGGCCAGCUCUCAUUUUAAUUUUUCCGGCUUGUGGUUUUUUCAGUUUCACCUGUCGCUCCCCAAACUGAAAGAAAAUGAAAAAGCGUCCCUUAUUAUUUAUUUAUCAAACACCCUGGAUUCCAUGAGAAACAUGGCAGACAAAACAACUCUCUUACUUUUUACAAAAGACCAAGAAGAAAACGCUGAAAAGCUACGGACAGUUUUAGAAAGCGAGGGUGAAGUAUUUGUACUGGAUCUUGCUGAUAUUGCUAUUCGUGGACUCUCGCUUAAAGACGAAAUCCGCACAGGUUGUGACUGCACUGUUUUGAUUUGCUCUUCUCAAGCGACGCAGCUUAUUAACGAGGAAGAAUCCUACGUUUUUGUUACAAAAGGCGGACAGGAAGUAAACUUCGAUGGGAAAGUGAUCAGCAAUGUUCUCAAGGAAGACGAUGGAAAGUUACGUCGUAAAAUAAUUCCGGUAUCUUUCGUGGAACUUCCUUCGGUUUUACACGGAGCGGGUACAAGGCGUAAGGAUCGACAAAGUGCGAUUUCAUUUGAAAUAAACCAAGGAGAGGUCACAGAAGUAAUGUUGGAAGGUGAUAUCUUACAAUCAUUGAUUGAUGCUAUUAAGACGGUCUAUAAAUGAUUCGAAAUACGACGAAAUGUUAAGCAAGUGUUUCUUUUUACGGCCCUGUUGUGCAUUUAUAAAUCAGCGGAGGAUUUCUGGUGAAGAAAAUGAAAGGGUGAUCGCGUAAAUAUUUAUAAUGUAGAAACGAGUGUAUCUUAAAGAUAGCGAUUGCUGCGCUAAGUUUAGCGGGUAAUGUCAACCAGAAGGCUAGUGGAGAGUGGAAAAAUAGAGCAGCUUUAUUGAGAAGUUUUUAAGCAUUUUUCAUGAACACAACAAUAAGCAGGGAUUUUAUUAACGCAACAAUAAACAGGAACAAUAACAUUAACAGAUGACAGUAUGCAGGUUUCACAAGUUUGGCAAACAAAACGAACUUUGAAUUACUGUAACUUCGAUAAUUGUGGAAAUAUCUCUAUAGCA